AUGGGCAUGAACACAGACAUGGAGGCUCAGAGGUUCUGCGAGGCCUUCUACCAGCUCGUGAUCGUCUCUUUCUCGGCUGUAGGGUUCGUUGUAGGGUAUUGGUUCGAGAGCUUCAGAAUAACCAUGUAUGCUGUCUUCGCCGGAGUCGCCAUUUCCUGCGCCCUCUGCGUUCCAGAUUGGGGAUUGUUUCGUGACAAGAAUCCUCCAGCAUGGCUGCCUGAUGGCUGCACGCAACGACCCAAGAAGAGCAAAGAAGCGACGCCGAGCGCUGCUACCAAAUGA